AUGACGGCCAUCAUCGACUCCCAGAUCUUUGGCAAUGUAUUUUCGACUCCUGAAAUCUCAUCGAUAUGGUCGGAUCGGCAAAGGACCCAGUACUAUGUGGACUUUGAAGCGGCUCUUGCAAGAGCACAAGUCAGACUGAAUAUCAUUCCUCAGAAGGCGUGUGAUGAGAUCGUCAAGCAUUGCACGGUCGAUCAGCUGGACCUCGACGAGUUGAGGAAGCAAACCGAGUUGAUCGGGUAUCCAGUGUUGCCAGUGGUCCAACAAUUGGUCAAGAAGAUCAAUCGCGUCGAAGAUGGCCUGGGAGAAUGGAUUCACUGGGGAACGACAACACAGGACCUUACCGACACUGCCACGGUGCUGCAGCUAAGAGAUACAUUGAUCCUGGUCGAGCAAUCUCUGGAGGCAAUCAUCACCGCACUGGUGCAGCUAUGCGAGAAACACAAAACAACACCAAUGGCAGCUAGAUCAAACCUCCAACAAGCAGUGCCCAUCUCUUUCGGCUUCAAAAUGGCAAGACUCCUCGCAACAUUCAAACGCCACAAGCAAAGGCUCCAAGAACUGAAACCUCGACUCCUGAUCGCACAAUUCUCAGGUGCAGCAGGCACACUUGCAACAAUCACCGAAGAGACAUCCUAUGGCAAACCCCCUGAGUCGGACGAACCUCUCGGCAUCAGAUGUCAAAAGCUCUUCUGCGAGGAGAUCGGCCUAGCUAUGCCUGAAAUCGCCUGGCAUACCGAGCGAGACAAUUUCGCCGAAGUAGCCAACUUCCUCGCGAUCCUCACAGCGACCUGUGCCAAAUUUGCCACAGAUCUCAAACUCAUGAUGCAGUCAGAAGUCGGCGAAGCAAGAGAACCAUACGUAGCGCACAGAGGAAGCAGCAGCACAAUGCCGCAGAAACGAAACCCAAUCGGUAGUGCAUUCAUCUGCUCAAUGGCCAGCAGCGUCCGAACCAUGGCGAAUGGAAUGGUCGAAGCGAUCGUGGCAGACCAUGAACGGAGUACUGGACCUUGGGAGAUCGAAUGGAUUAUGCUACCACAGAUUUGUGCCUUGAGUCAUGCUUGUUUGAAGCAUACGCAUUAUUUGCUCAAUAAUCUUGAAGUCGACGAGGAGGGAAUGAAGCGGAAUUUGGCUUCAUCGAAGGGAGCAAUUGUGUCCGAGGCGGUGAUGAUGGGGCUGGGCAAGUCGAUUGGCAGGCAGUAUGCGCAUGACCUGGUGUAUGACCUUUGUCGGAGAGCCCAGGUGGAGGACAGAUCCUUGCUUGAGUUAUUGAAGGAGGACGACGAGAUCAAGAAAGCUGGCUUGCCAGACGAAGAACUGGAAAGGCUGUGUGAUCCAGCAAACUACCUGGGCUUGAGCAAAGAGAUGGUAGAUAUGGUAUUGAAGGACACCGCAUCAUAA